GGCGGAGUCACAACAACUUCCGGGUCGCCUUUAAUGUUUCGAGGAGCGAGGAACGUUGCAAUGAAGACAUUUGAAAUGAACCCAAUGGCACUUUAAAUCAACAACUGUUUGAAUGUCUGGUAGUGAGGGGUUUAGAGGGUAAACCGAGUAGCGAAGACCGAGGAUUUUGCAAUUAUAGUAUCCUAAAGGGGCAUAUCAACAGAAGACUGAGGAUCUAGGAUGUAGCAAAAUAGCGAAAUGAGACGCUAAUCGAGGAUUGUUCAGCGUCUAACCCCGGCCGUUGUACGAUUAAAAUGAACGCCACUUUCUCCCAAAAGAUGGUGUGGGUGGAUCUUGAGAUGACAGGCUUGGACAUUGAAAAUGACAAGAUAAUUGAAAUGGCAUGCAUAAUAACAGACUCCAACUUGAACAUACUGGCAGAGGGGCCCAACCUGAUCAUAAACCAGCCAGAUGAACUAUUGGAAUCCAUGUCAGAGUGGUGUAAAGAACAUCAUGGCAAGUCUGGACUGACCCAAGCGGUACGACAGAGUAAUGUCACCCUGGAACAAGCAGAGAAUGAAUUUCUAUCCUUUGUUGUACAACACACUCCACCGGGUCAGUGCCCUCUUGCUGGAAAUUCUGUGCAUGCUGAUAAAAGGUUUCUAGACAAGUAUAUGCCAAAGUUUAUGAAUCACCUUCACUACAGAAUAAUUGAUGUCAGUACCAUUAAAGAGAUUUGCAGGAGAUGGUUUCCGGUGGAAUAUGAGAUGGUACCACAUAAGAAAGCAAUGCACAGAGCCUUGGAGGACAUCAGGGAGAGCAUCAACGAGUUGAAGUACUACAGAGCCAGUAUCUUCAAAGCCACUUCUGAUGACUCACAAUAGUAACAACAACAAUAGUUUGCAAACAUUAAAGAUCAGUGAUCCUUCUGCGUCAGCCAAAUUCUGUCUGCAAGGAAGCAGUUAUUCAUUGUGGAAAAAGACUUAUUCUGUAUUAUUCACAAGUUUGCGAUUACGUAUUCAUUUUCAAGCAGAGAUUUCUUGCAUUUUGCAUCGAUUAUUAACUGAAAAAUUAAAGAACU